AACACGUGAAUGCAAUAUAUGCGCCGUUUCUGAUGGUGCACGUGAAUGCAACUCGAUAGAGACAGACAGACAGACGGACGGACGGACGGACGACCACCAGCAGUACACCACAGCCGACCAAAGGAGAGAGUGCACUAGACGCCCCCCUCACUCACUCAACACGCAGGUAGGAAGGCGCUGCCAGGCUUUUUUGUGGUCUGGGUGGGAGCUCAAUUGACCGAUGAGCACAUCCUAUGCACUCAGCAAGUCGACCAUCCCGUCACACACACAUUAGACUCAACACACAAUGGAAUAAGACCACAGCCAUCACAGUGACUAUCGCUUGUACUUCUCCAUGAUCUUUCUGAUCUCCGUCCUUCCUUUCGCCCAAUCCCACGGGGUCUCCCUCUGUCGUCAUGAGAUGAGAUGAGAUGAGCACAUGACUCGGCCCAUCGAUGGUGUGAAUGUCUGUGUGUACUCACGUCGUUGCCUUUGAUGUCGAGCAGAGCACCGCCGCCCCACUCGAGCCUUUGAGAAUGACACAGAGGCAGACACAGAGAGAGUGUGAAUGAGACACUCGCGUCAGUCAUCUGUGUCGCUCACAACUGAGACACAGCGGCAGAGUGGACCCCGCCUGCAGCCAAAUGGAGUGGCGUGAAUCCGUUCUGUGUGUGUCACGCACACAGAGAAAGGCAAUCAAACAACCAAGAGGCAUUCUGUAUUUUUUCGCAGGUGAGGUCUCACAUUGUUUGUCUCGGUGAGCAGCCUUUCCCCUCCUUUGGCAUACAGAACCUUCAUCACAUCGACAUGACCAUAGAGGGCAGCCUUCAUGAAUGGCGUCUUGCCCCCCUGCAAUCCACACACACACACACUCACACACAAUCGGCAACUGAGGCGCAGAGACAUGUGUGUGCUGUUACCCUGCCGCGUGCAUCGAUCAGUUUGGGAUCCCACGCCAGCAGCUGAUUGACAGCCGCAAUACGCCUCUCCUGGGCAGCCCAAUGGAUGGCGUUAUCAUCCUUUUACAUUCCAUCACAGCCAACACAAACAUUCAUCUCAAUCAGCGUCACUUUGCAGCAGAAGCACUUGACUUCUUCCUCGUCGAGGAUGCUCGGUUCGUGCAGCUUGAUUAGCUGAGCAACAGACGUGACGUCACCAGCUAACACCGCAGAAAAAAUGUUCCUCUUCAACACACAAUAUACAUCACAUACAAGCGACUGUGUCAGACGUGAACGAUCAGAGCUCUUUCGGUAUUACCCGUUUGAUUUUCGUCGGGAGGGCUUCAUUAUCGAUUCUCAGGCCGGUGUCCGCCUGACAUGCAAGAGCGAAAAAAUAAUGCUUGCCAUUGAGACAACGGCUCUCUCACUGGUUUGGUUUGCGGCUGUGGUGCGUCUGGAGGUGACUUGACUGAUGCGUCAGGCUGACCAGGGGACGCUACAACACACGCAGAUCAAGUGGAAUGCCUCUCUCUGCCGCUGCCUCAUAUACCGACCUGUUUGCACCACAGGCUUGAUCUGUGCGGGAGAGACCGUGCUGGGAAGCCCCGUUGUGGUAGUGGCCAUGCUGGUGUGCACACCCGAUGUGGGACUGAUAGGCGACACGCCAGCGGGACUCACGGACAGCCCAUUGGGCGCCGCAUCUGCAUGCAUUCGACGACGCGCCACGGCAAUGGGCUGUCCUUUCUUAUACUGUUGACUGACCCGAUGAAAUGCCGAGCUUCGCGAGCACCUGCGGGCGAGUCAGAUGCGGCAAACUGCCAUGACGUACGCUUAUCUCAAUUGUAUGUCGAAUACCUCCUUCGCUGCGGGGCGAUCGACCGGAUUGAACGCAAAACAACUCUGAUCGACACAGAGCGGCAAUGGCGCGAGACACAGUGUCCAUAAGGCCGCUUUCGUUUUCAUGUGCCUUGAUGGCCUCCUUGGUGUGUUGGGGCAGGGAACUGGGAAUGUCAGGGAUCUGACAGAGGGGAGGAAGAGAAACAGGGAUGUUUGGCUCGGGUGUCAGGAAAAGGACAGUCACCUUUCCCUGCACGACAACUGCAGUGAUGAUCUGCACGUGGACCUUACCCUCGAAGGGAGGCCGGCCUGAACACCACAACACUGGAAAACGCUGCGCAGAUUAUGCAGACCUGCUGACCUCCAAACAGCUCAGCCAGUACUGAAGCAUAGAAGCGCACAGUAUUGAAUAGCGAGAGAUUGUGCACCAGUGUCUGGCGACACGUCUGCUUACUUCCUCCCAGGGCCCAGAUGUCGUCUUUCUCAGAGAGCUUCUCCACUGAAACACAGAGAGAGAGAGAGAGAGAGACGGACGAGUGAAGAUCGCCGACAAAUUCGAUUCUCACACUUACAUUCAUCCUUCAGGGACUCGGGGGACAUAUAGUUGGGCGUGCCCCCUCCUGCAGCGCACUCAAGAUACGUCUCAAGAUUGUGGUCAAUUCAGCCUCUUAGCGGUUCUGUGCCUGUCUUCGUGUACCUCCGGCGACUGUAGUUGUCCUCUGGAUGCUGCGCGUCAUACCGAAGUCAGAUAUCUUAAUGGUCAAACCCUGACCCAACUGACACACGGGAGGGAGAGACGAAGCAACCAAAAGGCGCCCCAUAGAGAGCGGCAAAGAACACUGUGUCCUCACCAGAAGGUUUCCAGGCUUCAGGUCCCUGUGCAUGAUGCCGUUAUCGUGAAGAUACUGCAGACCCUCACAUAUCUGACAAAGACAGACACAGACGACAGGUGGCGGUCGGUGUGUCCCGUUCGUCCGCUCUGCUGCACCUCUCUGACGAAUUUGUCGCGGACGUCCGGCUUCAGCGGUCGGUUCUUGGCCAGGUAUUGCUCCAGUGAGCCGCCCUCACACAACUCUGAUCCACAAAGACAGACACUUAAGAUGCCCAUUGACAAAGUCCGAAAGAGGCCGACCUGUGACGAUCACGAGGCCGUAUUUCCUGUGUGUGCAGACGCCCAGGAACUCAACUAUGUUGGGGUGGCGGAGGUGCUGCAUCUCCUGAGCCUCGGCCAGAAUAUCCUCCAUCGCCCCAGCCAUCAGGUCCUACACGCCACACCAAUACAGACGGCACACAAUGCAGUGACGGGAGUUCAGCCGCUCACCUCAUCGUCGACGUCUUCCCCGGUGCCCCUGCUGGCGUCCGCCCUCAACUUGUCGACAUUCAUGAUCUUGACGGCCACGGGCCGCCCCUUCCACAGCCCCUUGUAGACCACCCCGAAGCCCCCGCUCCCUACAGUACAUGAUCGAUACGAGUCAUGACAACACAGCACACAACCAGCAGACAACAAGAGCGUCGGGUCGGGAGGGGGGGUGCAAUCGGGCCAUCUGGCGGCUGUUGCGCCGACCGAGGGGCUUGUCAUUCUCAUUGAUGGUCAGGUCCCUCGCCCUGAUCAACAAACGGGGGUUGGCGGCCAUCCUGAACACCCACUUGUGAAGGGCGCGCUGCCAGGGGGCUCAGCCACUCGAGAAAAGGGCCUUGGGUCUCGCAGAAUUGUCGGAUUUUGGAGCGGGA